AUGGGAGGUUGUUGCUCUGUCUCGUUGCCUUGUGAUCAAAUGGUGAAUCAUUGCUCUCAAUGGUUAUGUGUCAAGGGGAGCUAUAUACACAACCUCCCUGAGAAUCUAGCGUCUCUGGAGAAAGCCAUGGGAGUACUCAAGGCACAGAGAGAUGAUGUUCAAGGGAGGGUUAACAAAGAAGAGUUUACUGGGCAUCGUCCAAGGCUUGCUCAAGUCCAGGUAUGGCUUACGAGUAUACUAGCCAUCGAAAACCAAUUUAGUGAUCUUCUUAGCACUAAUAACGUUGAGCUUCAAAGGUUGUGCCUCUGUGGAUUUUGCUCUAAAAAUCUGAAAAUGAGCUACCUUUAUGGGAAAAGGGUUAUUCUGAUGUUGAGGGAGGUUGAAAGUCUCGGUUCUCAUGGAGAAUUUGAUGUGGUGACUAUGGAAGCUCCAAGAGCUGAGGUUGAAGAGUUGCCGAUUCAACCCACAAUUGUUGGUCAGGAAACAAUGCUUGAAAGGGCAUGGAACCGUUUAAUGGAAGAUAGAGUCGGUAUAGUAGGUUUGUAUGGUAUGGGUGGAGUAGGCAAAACUACCCUUCUCACACAGAUCAACAAUAAGUUUUCUGAAAUAGGUGGCGGAUUUGUUAUCGUAAUAUGGGUUGUGGUUUCUAACAAUGCAACAGUCCUUAGGAUUCAAGAAGACAUCGGGGGAAAACUAGGCCUUGUGGGGAAGCAAUGGGUCGAGAAAGCUGAAAACCGGAGAGCCCGUGACAUCUACAACGUUCUUAGGAGGAAGAAGUUUGUGUUGUUGUUGGAUGAUAUAUGGGARAAAGUGRAYUUAAMURUGAUYGGAGUCCCGWAUCCGAACAGAGAAAACGGAUGCAAAGUAGCAUUUACCACCCGCUCUCGAGAUGUGUGUGGGCGCAUGGGGGUUGAUGACCCGAUCCAACUCAGUUGUCUCGACACCAACAAAGCCUGGGAUUUGUUCAGAAAGAAAGUAGGGGAAAACACCUUGGAAAGCCAUCCAGACAUUCCUGAACUCGCAAGAAAAGUCGCUGGAAAAUGUCGUGGCCUACCAUUGGCACUGAAUGUCAUCGGCGAAACUAUGGCUUGCAAAAGCACAACUCAAGAGUGGCAUCGGGCCAUUGACGUUUUGACUUCAUAUGCUUCAAAAUUUUCAGGCAUGGAAGAUGAGAUUCUUCCGAUUUUGAAAUAUAGCUAUGAUAGUUUAAAUGGUGAGCAWGURAAAUCRUGUUUCCUCUAUUGCUCUCUGUUUCCUGAAGAUUAUCAAAUUGAGAAAGAAAGGUUGAUAGAGUACUGGAUAGGUGAGGGAUUCAUAGAUGAGAAGGAAGGCAGAGAGAGGGCAUUUAACCAAGGUUAUGAGAUACUCGGGACCCUUGUUCGUGCAUGUUUAUUGUUGGAAGGAGGAAGGUAUAAAUCGAAAGUGAGUAUGCAUGAUGUGGUUCGUGAGAUGGCGCUAUGGAUAGCAUCUGAUCUUGGAAAGCAUAAAGAAAGAUGUAUUGUGCAAACUGGUGUUGGUUUACGUGAUGUACCGAAAGUCAAGAACUGGAAUAGCGUGAGAAGAAUGUCGCUGAUGCGGAAUCAGAUUGAAAAGAUAUCUGAGAGCCUUGACUGUCCAGAACUUACAACGCUCCUCCUUGGGAGAAACAUGAUGCACUUAGCAAGUAUCUCAGGUGAAUUCUUUCGGUCUAUGCCUAGGCUGCUCGUUUUGGAUCUAUCAUAUAAUGAAAAGCUCAGUGGAUUGCCAGAGCAAAUAUCAGGGUUGGUUUCUCUGAGAUAUCUAGACUUGUCAGAUACAAGUAUAAAGCGACUACCAGUUGGUUUACAAGAGUUGAAAAUGCUAAUACAUCUGAAUUUGGAGUGGACGGAUAGCCUUGAGUGUUUAGAUGGGAUAUCAAAUUUGUCGAGUUUGAGGACAUUGAAACUAAUACAUUCCAAAGUGUGGCUAGAUAUGAGGCUAAUGAAGGAGAUGCAGCUGUUAGAACAUUUAGAGUUUAUAAGCACAAAUAUCUCGUCAAGUUUUGUUGGGAAGCUAUUGGCAUAUGACAGCAGAGUGUGGAGAUGUAUUCAAGAAGUUUCUAUUGAGGAGCAUGAGGAAGAAUCAGUUAGAGAGUUAGUGUUGCCAGCUUCAGAUAAUCUGUGUAAAGUUUCGAUAUGGGAAUGUGAGAUUUUGAAGAUAAAGGUAGAGAAGACACCAUGGAACAAAAGUCUGUCAAGUCCAUGCUUCUCAAACCUUUCUGAUGUGUCAAUAUCAGGGUGGUGUGACGGUUUAAAGGAUUUGACGUGGCUGCUGUUCGCUCCAAACCUUAUUGGGCUUUCUCUUUGGGGGUUAGAGCAAGUAGAGGAGAUAAUAAGCAAAGAGAAAGCUGCGAGCCUUUUAGGCAAGGAGACAUGUAAUAUUAUUCCUUUCCAAAAACUAGAAGACCUUCAUUUGGAAGAUUUGCCUGAGCUAAAGAGCAUAUACUGGAAUGCUCUGCCUUUUCAACGUCUGACAGAGCUCCGCAUAUCCGGCAAUUGUGAGAUGCUGAGAAAGCUUCCAUUGGAUUCUAAAAGCGUCUUCAAGGUUGAAGAACUUGCUAUAGAAUACUCUGAGGAAGAAUGGAUAGAAGAGAUCGAAUGGGAGGACGAAGCCACGCGACAACGUUUCUUACCUUCAUCUGAAGAGCAUCAUCUACUGCCUUUUCCACGUCUGGGACGUCUCCAAAUGUUCGACAAUUGUCCGAAGCUGAGAAAGCUUCCAUUGGAUUCUAAAAGCGUUCUCAAGGUUGAAGAAUUUGCCAUAGAAUACAUUUUUCUCUUUGAGGAAGAAUUUCUCAUGAAAUACAGAGAGGAAGAAUGGAAAAAAGGAUCGAAUGGGAGGACGAAGCCACGCGACAACGUUUCACCUUCAUUCACUCGACGUUUCACGAUCAUCACCCACCGCCACAAGAUCUCCUUACCAUUUUCCGAGAUACCCAUUGAGGCGUCUACAGCUAAACUCCCAAUCAAACCCAGAAAAUAUCUGAGAUUCAUCAAACCUUCGGAGGUUGAUGAAUUCAUAAUUGGAUUGCCGAGAUCUUCUGAUGGGAAAAAGAUGAUUCAGUCGAAUAAAGUUCGAUCUGUUGCCGGACGACUCGCUGUUCAAGGCGCCGAGAAGGGACUAAGCAAGAGUGAAAGACAGAACAGAGAGGAUGCCUACGCUGCCGUGAUAUUGUUGGAGAGGUAUUUCUCUACACAAGGUCGAGGAACCGAGAUUAUACUUGCCAAGAGUUUAGAACUUCAAGAGAAGAUCAAGCACGGUGCACUUCUAGACCCUGACUUUUUCCCUGAAAAGCUCGAAAACUGCCUCCUUGGUGAAGUCAACUAUAUUUGUAACCUUGAGAAGACUCUGGCAGCUCUGGAGAAAGCCAUGAAGGUACUCAGAGCAAGGCGAGCUGAUGUGUUGAAAAGGGUUCAGAGGGAAGAAAGCCAAGUGUCGAGAAUAUGCAAAACCAAGCCUAUGAAUUGCUUCUUCCUUGUAAAGUUGAACUUGAAAGAAGUUGAAGCUCUUAAAUCUGCGGGAGUUUUUGAAGCGUUGGCUGGGCCACCUACGAUAGCUCUGGUGGUGGAGAGGCCUCAAGAACCGAAGAUUUUUGGUCAAGAAGAAAUGCUCAAAAGGGCAUGGACGCACCUCAAUAGUUGA